AUGGCUGGUGAAACUUCUGCAGAGCUUCCUGAGGCUCUAUGGAAAGAGAGCUUAAAGCAAACUACAAAGUCAAAGGGAGUUGCACAGAUGUUAGGUACACAAAAUAAGUUUUCAAUGAUGAAGAAAAGAUACAUUGGUGAUGGGUUUUCAGUUCCAUCUUGCUUGCCUUACAAUUGGAAAAAAAAACUCACCGGUUUGAUUCAGUGGUUUACAAGGAUUCACGGUGACAGAAAUCUGUAG